AUGAGCUUCACGAACAUGCUCAACCGCCUCCAUGGGCAACCCGAGAGCUACGACAAGAAGUCCAGGUACCGGUUCGGGCGCACCCUGGGUGCCGGUACAUAUGGCAUCGUCAGGGAGGCAGAGGGCCCGCAAGGCCGUGUCGCUAUCAAGAUUAUCUUAAAGAAGGUCGUCCGGGGCAAUGAGCGCAUGGUGCUUGACGAGCUGGAGAUGCUCCAGCGUCUCAAACACCCGCACAUCGUCAAGUUUGUUGACUGGUUCGAAUCCAGAGAUAAAUACUAUAUUGUCACGGAGCUUGCGACUGGAGGAGAAUUGUUUGAUCGAAUUUGCCAGUACGGCAAAUUCACCGAGAAGGAUGCUUCUCAGACCAUCAAGCAAGUCCUGGAUGCGGUCAACUAUCUACACCAAAACAAUGUCGUCCACCGCGACCUCAAGCCUGAAAACCUCCUGUACCUCACCAAGGACGCGGAUUCGGAUCUUGUCUUGGCCGACUUUGGCAUCGCGAAGAUGCUCGGCACCAAGGACGAGGUGCUCACGACUAUGGCCGGCUCAUUCGGCUAUGCCGCGCCCGAGGUGAUGCUCAAGCAAGGUCACGGCAAGCCAGUCGACAUGUGGUCGCUGGGUAUCAUCACCUACACCCUACUCUGCGGCUACCCGCCCUUCCGCUCCGAGAACCUCCAGGACCUGAUCGACGAGUGCACAGCCUGCCGUGUGGUGUUCCACGAGCGGUACUGGAAGGACGUCAGCAAUGAUGCUAAGGACUUCAUCAUGUCGCUACUGAGGGCGAAACCCGAAGAGCGAUGGACGAGCGAGCGCGCCCUCUCCCACCCCUGGCUGAGCGGCCAGAACGCGACCGACCACAACUUGCUUCCCGAGAUCCGCGCCUACCUCACGCGUGCGCGGUUGCGGCGCGGCAUCGAGAUGGUCAAGCUGGCCAACCGCAUCGAGGCACUCAAGGCACAGGAGGAGGACCCGGAGAAUUCAGACAUGCCCAAGGACGCCACGUUAGCAGCAGACCAAACGCGUCACUUCAAUACUCUCGCCGCUAACAACCAUGGGUCGGACAGCGUUGAGGGUGGCGGCAAGCGCACGCUGUCCAAGACCAUCAAGGGGGCCAUCUUCCGGGAGGUGGUGCUGGCCAAGGUCCGCGAGAUGAAGGAGAAGGAGGAGACGCUCAAGCUGACGGAGGAGGCGUCGAAAAAGGCUUGA